CUGGCUCCGCCCCCUUCUGAGGAGUCCCGCGUUCUCAUUGGUGAGCUACAGACAGGGAUGUUGGCCGGGCUGGCCAGGUGCAGACCCUUCCAGUGAUGAGAUAGAUAAUCCACCCGGAGACCUCAAGGAUGGGGCCCAAACUCAGUGCUGCCCCCUGGCUCCUAGACCGAAAGUCAGCCCUCUCCUCCGUCUAUCCCGCCCAGGCCUCGACUCCCGACUCACGGCCGGCGGAGCCACGCCCCCCGGCGCUGAGCGCAGGGGCAAGCGCCCGCCUGGUCUCUCCACCUAUAUCGCCCCCGCUAGGGGAAAGGCGCAGGCGCCUCACGCAGCCUCUCUGCAGCUUUCAAGCCCUCGUUGGUACUUUCCUCUCUACCAUCCUCUCCUUCCCGCUCGGCUGCGAGUGGUCCGGCUGGGUGGGUGGGCAGAGGUGGAACGUCCUGAGCCCUGCUCCGGAAGGGGCUUAAGGCGGCAGCCCUGUUACCUCCCAGAUGGCACUUAGGGCCGAGCCCCCCGACGGGGGCUGGGGGUGGAUGGUGGUGCUCUCAGCGUUCUUCCAGUCGGCGCUGGUGUUCGGAGUGCUCCGCUCCUUCGGCGUCUUCUUUGUGGAGUUUGUGGCUGCGUUUGAGGAGCCGGCAGCGCGAGUCUCCUGGAUCGCCUCCAUAGGAAUCGCGGUGCAGCAGUUCGGGAGCCCAGUGGGCAGUGCGCUGAGCACCAAGUUCGGGCCCAGGCCUGUGGUGAUGGCUGGGGGCAUCUUGGCUGCGUUGGGGAUGCUGCUCGCUGCCUUUGCUACCUCCUUGACCCACCUGUACCUGAGCAUUGGGCUGCUCUCAGGAUCUGGCUGGGCCUUGACCUUCACUCCCACCCUGGCCUGCCUGUCCCGUUACUUCUCUCGUCGGCGAUCCCUGGCCACCGGGCUGGCACUGACGGGCGUGGGCCUCUCCUCCUUUGCUUUUGCUCCACUCUUCCAAUGGCUGCUCAGCCAGUACGCCUGGCGGGGGGCCCUGCUGCUGGUGUCCGCCCUCUCCCUCCACUUGGUGGCCUGUGGUGCUCUUCUCCGCCCACUCUCCCUGGCUGAGGACCCUGUCAUGGGUGGCCCUGGGGCCCAACUUGCCAACCUUCUCCAUCAUGGCCCCUUUCUCCGUUACACCGUUGCCCUCACCCUGAUCAACACUGGCUACUUCAUUCCCUACGUGCACCUGGUGGCCCAUCUUCGGGACCUAGAUUGGGACCCACUGCCUGCUGCCUUCCUCCUCUCAGUGGCGGCUAUUUCUGACCCUGUGGGGCGUGUGGCUUCUGGGUGGCUAGGGGAUGCAGUCCCAGGGCCUGUGGCAAGACUCCUGAUGCUCUGGACCACCCUGACUGGGGUGAUACUGGCCCUGUACCCUGUGGCUCAGGCUCCCACAGCCCUGGUGGCUCUGACUGUGGCCUAUGGCUUCACAUCAGGGGCCCUGACCCCAGUGGCCUUCUCCGUGCUGCCUGAACUGGUGGGAACUGGAAAGAUAUACUGUGGCCUGGGACUGGUGCAGAUGGUAGAAAGCAUCGGGGGGCUGCUGGGGGCUCCUCUAUCAGGCUACCUCCGGGAUGUGACAGGCACCUACACAGCUUCUUUUGUGGUGGCUGGGGCCUUCCUUCUUGCAGGGAGUGGAGUUCUCAUCACUCUGCCCCACUUCUUCUGCUUCUCAGCUCCUACCUCCAAGCCCCAGGACCCUGUAACAGAGGCACUGGAUACCAAAGUCCCCCUGCCCAGGGAGGGGCUGGGAGAGGAUUGAACUCCAAGAAGGGGCAGUCAGACCCAGAAACCCAGGGGUUGUUGGCUCCAGGUCUUCUCCUGCCCCAUCUUGGCACCCACAGAACCACAGUGCCUUAAGCAUCGUUAUCUGCCUUCCCCCCCCACCCCCCCCAGAGCAGGCCUGGGGCUCCUGCGAUGUGUGUGCCAACCCUUUGUAUUUUGUCUUAUCUCUUCUUUGCUCUCACAACCUUUUCUGAAGGAUCCAGGAGUUCAGCCUGCUCCACUGAGCUGUGAAUCGACUGUGGAAACUCAAAGGCCAAGAGACUUACCAUGUUUUACAUGUGAUCUCUAGUGUUGCCUCCUACAUUUCUUCCCUGAAGACAGAUCUUUGGGAAGGAGGGAUGCCCCUUUGAGAUAAAACUGAAUAAGAAAACCAGACAAUAAUCAGAACCUCAAAAAGAAUUGGGGCCCAUAUGCCUGGGUUGGCUGAAUGGGGUCAUGCUGGGGACUGGAGGGGAGGUAUCCAGCAGCUCUGGUGACCCAGAGCAUUUAACCGUGGACUCUGCUCUCUGGACCACAGUUCCUCCUACUUGCCCACUGACCUCUUUCCCACUAUCCCCUGUAACUUAGAAAAGAAAUUACGAAAAUGGUGAGGGACAUGCGGGGGGUGCUAGCUGGGGAGGGGGAGAUAAAGCUAAGAGAGCUGAAGUCUGGGUCUGGGAUUCUUAUGUUUUCAUCAGGCCAGUAGAAGGAGACUGAAAUGCAGGAAAGACUUAUCUGGGAAAUGAGGAUGGGGCAGCUAGCACCCAUGAGCACCCCCCUCCUCCAACAAACUGAAGCUGAUAGGCAGACAGUUUCUCAAAGAUUUCCUGUUAUAAUGGCAAGAACUUGGGCAAAGAGAAAUGGACUGACUGGACAAACACCCUUCCUGCCUCGCGUGGCUGAGGGGGAUCCUGUUCCUAUCAACCAGCCUUUUUGGAUAUUUUAAGUAGAAUGUUUGCAGCAUCCUAGAUCGCCUAACAAUUGGAGCUUGCAGGAAAAGCAGAUAGAAAGU